AUGCAUACUGGGCAUCAUCCCGGGAAGGAACGAUGGACCGUUCUUGCCCAUAUUGGAAGGAAACGCUCCUUCCAACUAGGGGAGGACAUUCUCGAUAUCCUUCCACAGGACUGUGCCAAAGCAUCGAGAUCCUGGGUCGAGAAACAAGUGACGUGGAGAAGGAAGGAUGGGUUCACGGAGGACGUCCUGGAGUACUUCUACGACGACGAUAGCGAGUAG